AGUCCUCAGUUUUGCCUAAAAGAUAUUGGAAGAGAACGUUUGCACUUAGGAAAGUCAACCCAAGCCUCAUGUCAAGACGGUCUCUUGAAUCUCAAGAUUUGCAGAUUGAAGGGAGAUAAUAACAGGCUCAGCUGGAAACUGGUGAAAGGCCGCUGUUGGAAGGGAUUGACCCAGCAGGGAAACAUGCUGACACGUCAGCGAGCUCGCAAAAGCGAGAGACUGUUCACCUGCUCUGUGUGUGGGAAGAGCUUUAGUUGUUCAUCCAACCUACGGGCACACCAACUUGAUCACAUUGAGAGGCAUCUUCAACGCUCUGAGCCUGGGGACAUCUUUGAAUCUUCUAAGGAAAUAGUCAAAAAUCACAUUGAUGAGAGGCCGUACAGUUGCUCCCACUGUGGAAAGAGGUUUAGUCUGUUGUCCUGCCUCGGGGAGCACCAGCUCCUUCACAUUCACGAGAGACCGUUCAGCUGCUCUCAUUGUCGGGAGGUUUUCACUGGGCCAGAGGAUCUCGCUGAGCAUCAGCAAGUUCACACCAAGGACAGGCCAUUCAGCUGCUUCCACUGUGGGAAGAGAUUCACUCAGGCCUCCCAUUGCAUUAAUCACCAACUGGUUCAUUCUGCUAAGAGACCUUUUAAAUGUUCUAAAUGUCAGAAGACAUUUAAAAGAAAGAUUCAUCUCUUGAACCAUCAGACCACGCACGUCAAGGAAAGAUUGUUUUUCUGCUCUGUGUGUGACAAGAGAUUCGCUCAUCCAUUCCACCUCCUGACACACAAAAGGAUUCACACUGGGGAGCGGCCAUUCAGUUGCUCUGCAUGUGGGAAGAGAUUCAAUCGGGCAUCUGACCUUUCAACACACAAGCGUGUUCACACUGGGGAGAAACCAUUUGCAUGCUGUGUGUGUGGGAAGAGAUUCACUCGUUCAACCUACCUUCUGAUGCACAAACGUAUUCAUACAGGAGAGAGACCGUUUUCUUGCUCCGUGUGUGGGAAAAGAUUCAGUCAGUCGUCUAUCCUGCUGACACACCAGCGGGUUCACACUGGAGAAAGGCCGUUCAUCUGCUCUGUGUGUGGGAAGAGUUUCCCUCGGAUGUGUCACCUUUUGGUUCACAAACGUGUUCACACUGGGGAGAAACCUUACAUUUGUGGUGUGUGCGGUAAGGGUUUUGCUCGUUUCCACCACCUGCAGAAACACCGUCUUAUUCACACCAGGGAGAUGGUGUUCACCUGCACCACGUGUGGGAAGGGAUUCACUUUGUUGUCCAGAUUGCAGAGACACCAACGUAUUCACGUUGUGGAGAGGCCGUUCACCUGCCCCGAGUGUGGAAAGAAAUUUGCUCAGUCACACAAUCUGGCGAGACACCAACAGGUUCACAAGACGCUCAUCUGCCCUGUGUGUGGGAAGAGUUUCACUCAGUCGUCUAAGCUCGAAGCACACCAGCGAGUUCACACUGGGGAGAAGCCAUUUCUCUGUGCCGUAUGUGGGAAGCGUUUCCCUCGUUUGCCCUACCUUAGGAUACAUGAGCGAAUUCACACUGGGGAGAGGCCGUACAUCUGUCCCGUGUGUGGUCAGGGGUUUGUUUAUUCGUCCCACCUUGUGAGACACCAACGUAGUCACACUGGGGAGAGGCCGUUUAAAUGCUCUGUGUGUGGGAAGGGAUUCACUGAUCCAUCCCACCUGCAGAGACACUACAGAGUUCAUGCCAGGGAGAGGCAGCUCACCUGCUCUUUGUGCAAACAGAGAUUUAGCCGGCCAUCCAGCCUCCUGAAACACCAGCAAAUUCACGUGUUUGAGGCAGAGCUAGAUUCUGUUCUUGCUGCUGUGAGACAGAUCAAGGGAGGUGUUAGCUGAGUGGUAUUAUUGCUCGACUUUUAAUCCAGAAGCCAGUAGUGCUCUGGGGAGCCAAGUUCGAAUCCUGCCAUGGCAGAUGGUGGAGUUUGAACUCAACAAAAAUCAGGAAUGA